AUGGAUGAUAUAAAAAGAGAACUAUUUAGGGACAUAGAGAAAGCAAUUUUAGGUGGUGGCAAACAGAAUAAAUCCAGAAAGUCAUUUAACCUUCUCUACACGUUAAGCAACACUAUGUUUCGAGCAGACGAAUUUCAUGAAAAGUGUGACGGAAAAGGACCAACGUUGACAUUACUAUAUGGUAGGUUUAAUAAUUGUUUUGGAGGUUAUACAAGUCAAGACUGGAGUUGCGAGUCACAUAGGACAAAGCGAGACGAAUCUGCUUUCUUGUUCUUUAAAAACAAAAAUGCAGAGGCAGAAUGCAAAAUUUUUCCCAUACCAAAGAAUAGUGCGGACAAUGCUAUUGUAUGCGAUAAAAAGUUUGGACCUACCUUUGGGUACACAAAAAAGGCGAUGUUUCGUUAUUAUGAUCUACAGACUUGUUAUGAAUCAGGAAAGCCAAUGUCGCAAGAAGAAAACAAUAAGUGGUUUACUCUAAACGGUCAAUUACAUGUGCCUUAUCUUUACAAGCCCAGAUCAGAUUCGGAGAAAACAUCACCAGGUGGGGAAACAACGGGUGAUUUUAACGGUGGGACUUUGUCAGUCUUUAGAAUGGAAGUGUAUCAAGUAAUUG